AUGGAUGCAAACACGCCAACUGAGAACAGAUGGAGACGCUGGGCCCGACAAGCUGGUUGCUGCAUUGGUGAUGACAACCAAACGCAAGAGCCCAACAAGCCAGUUCCUCUCGUAGCCGUCGCCGAUGCCCAAAACAUGCCCGGAAACCCUCCAACCUCGACGAGCAGCACUGGUUAUGCCAACCCGCUCCCGACUCCUCCAUCGCGCCCCGAAGGAGCGACUACAAUAGACAGUAACAAUGCACAAGGCAACACCACACAAGCAGACGGUGAAUCAUCCCCGAUCGCAAGUCAGAUUGACCUGGGGGCUUCAGGCCCCAUGGCAAUUGAGGGCUCCGAUACAGGUCCUCAAGACGCCACCGAGCUUGCGUCCCCAGGGCCCAACAAAAUAGACCUAUGGGACAAGGCCUUAAGUCAGAUCCAGGAGUCACAGGACAAAAAAAGCGUCGACAUGGUGGAAUCAAUUGUGCAGAAUUUGAAGGCUCCAGGGUCAGAUCCAUUGAGUUCCGCAAAGGUUAUCCAGAAACAAUUGCAAGAUUCGGUUGCGGGCAAGGAAGCAAAGACCGGAAGCGACGGAUGGAUCAUCAUCAUCGGGCAGAAAGAAUAUCACGUGCGGGAAUUCGUCAAGAAGACAAUAGUGAUUCUGGAGAAAUUCGCCGGUACCGUCAGUAAAUUUAUGGGUGCUGUUGAUGUGGCUGUUAGCUUUGAUCCAACCCAUGCAGCUUUGCCCUGGGCAGCUGUGCGACUGGUUCUCACGGUUAUCAUUGCGGCCCACGAAUUCAAGGGUAAAGUAGCUGUUGGCCUUGCCAAAGUCGCUGUCCUUGUCUCCCAAUGUCAGAUCUAUCAAAGGUUUUACAUGACUUCAGAUACGUCAACAGAGUUGGAUAGAAGCGAGGUCGACAGUCUCGAAGAGGCUAUCGUUACCGUCUACACACAAUCGCUUUUAUUUCUUGCCUUCGCGUAUAAGAAAAGUAAAAUGCGGGUCCUUAAUGCCUCCUGGAAACUUUCCGAUCUGGAAGGAUACUUCGAAAGUCUCAAGGACGCGGGCGAUGGCCUUGUUCAAGCUGCGGAUCGCUGCCAAAAAUUGUUUGAAAAGCAGACUGCAGUCCAAGUUGGAGAAGUUAUUAAAUUGUUGAAAGACUUUGACGCGACCAUCUACGAACAAAGAGAACUCAUUGUUGAUAUUGGUCAACGAGCGCUACUUGCCGAGUUGAAAUGUGCCGAUGGUGCUAAUUAUAACUCUGGGGAUGACCAAGCUGAGCCCAGAUGCCAUAAGGAGACAAGAGUCGAACUACUCAGAGCUAUUGAAACGUGGAUGGAUACCUCCGAGGAAAAGCCAAUCUACUGGCUUCAGGGAAACGCAGGGACUGGCAAGUCUACCAUUUCACGCACUGUAGCCGAGAUGUUUGACGCCAAAAGCAAACUUGGUGCGAGCUUUUUCUUCAAGAGAGGCCGUGGCGAUCGCGCCAGUGGCAGUCGCUUCUUUACAACCAUCAGUUCACAGCUCUGCCAUAAUCGCCCACGGUUUGCCCAAAGUGUCGCCAAAGCGAUUUCCGAGAACCGCAAUAUUGUCACGACCAAUUACACAGAACAGCUCGAGAAACUCAUCUUGGAACCUACCAAGGCACUGGCCAGGGACCCAAAUAAUUGUGCGAGCAUCUUGAUCGUUGUUGAUGCCUUGGAUGAGUGCGAGGAAGAUACUCAUGUGAAGAUCAUGAUAGAAUCAUUGGGCCAAAUCAAGAAGUUGAAAGAGUGUGGGGUUGACUUUAGACUUUUCAUUACUAGUCGGCCAGAGGUCCACAUUCGGCGCGGAUUCCAGGAAAUUCUCGAUUGUCAAAAGGAAGUGGUUCUUCAUGACAUCUCAGGUGAUGUGAUCCAACAAGACAUAACGAUUUACUUAAAAGACGAGCUAGCACAGAUCAGAAACCGACACAAUAAUGUUAUAGGUCAAUUCGGGCAGCCGAUAGAAGAAGAUUGGCCUGGCGAUAAGCGUAUCAAGAGCUUGGCUCAGAUGGCGACACCAUUAUUUAUCUUCGCCGCAACCGUUUGCCGACUUCUGGACUGUGACAACCCGCGCGAAGAGAUUGAUCUCAUUCUCUCUCAGGGACAAAAGCCACACGAUCAAAUACUGGACGGAGCAUAUGAAGCGGCUCUCAGACGUAUCCUAAAAGGAAAAGAAAACAGCUCUGCAGAGUCCAAAACAGUAGGGAAUUUUCGCGUUGUUGUGGGCUCGAUAGUUCUUCUCGAAGAACCCCUGUCCGUACCAGCUCUUGCACAGCUCUUGGGCGCUUCGCCAGAGACCGUCUUCAACAUGGUCACCUCCGUCAGCUCUGUUCUGAAUGUUCCGCGGGAUAAGAAAACUCCCGUCAAGACUUUUCACUUAUCCUUCCGUGAAUUCCUCAUCAACAAGCAAAGAAACAAAAGUCCGAAGUUGCAGAUUGACGAAUAUGAGACACACAGAGACCUGGCGAACAAGUGUCUUAAGCUCCUUUUGAAAUCAGGUAUCUUGAAGAAUGAUAUUUGCGAGCUAGGUAAGCUCGAUACACGGAAUCAUGAUGUAACACAAAACACAAUUGAUGGCAAGCUACCACCACAAGUCCAAUACGCCUGUCGGUAUUGGGUACAUCAUACCAAGAAAAGCAAGUUCAAACUCCACAAUGAACAUCCUGCAUACGAGUUUCUGAAGAAGCAUUUUCUCCAUUGGCUUGAGGUACUAAGUCUAAUCAGAAGGCUAUCUGAGACCAUCGGUCUUAUACGAGAGCUGCGAGAACUUGUUGAUCCCAAUGGUAGCGAAGAAGUGUCAGCGUUUCUACAUGAUGCCAACCGCUUUCUCCUUCACUCGUUUACGGCAAUUGACCAGACCCCACUCCAACUUUACGCUUCAGCACUUCUUUUUGCUCCAACAAAUAGUAUAGUCAGGAAAUUAUUUGAAGAUGAGAUCAGUUGGGUAAUACACAAACCAACUGUUGAAGAGGAUUGGAGUCCUUGCCUACAAACAAUGAGCCGCCAGUCCUGGGGGCGCUCAGUCUCGGUCUCUGGGAAUGGCAAGCUGAUAGCAUCCGGGAGCUCCUAUGACGGCAUUAAAGUUUGGGACGCGGCAACAGGCGCACUUCAAAAAACACUUGAGAGUCAAGGCGAUCUUAUGUCGGUCACGUUCUCCUUCGGCAGCGAGCUGAUCGCCGCAGCAUAUAGAGGCAGCACGAUCAAGAUCUGGAACACGCAAACGGGGCGUCUCCAGCGUACACUCCGAGGCAACGAUGACUACCGUUACGACCCCACGAACGGAUUUAUCCUGGCAUCUUCAAAUUCCGGGCUAAUAGCUUCGUUAUCGUCUGAAGGGAUAUUUGAAAUCUGGGAUGCAUCAACGGGGGAGCUUCGAACAACAUGGAAGGGCUAUGAAGAACCUGCCCAAUUUUGUGUGUCAUUCCGGGGGGACGGCAAGCUGGUAGCAUCAGGCUCAAGUGAUCACACAAUCAAAAUUUGGGGCGCCGCAACGGGCGAACUUCAGCACACACUCACAGGCCACGAGGACUGGAUUCGAUCAGUGGUUUUCUCACGCGAUGGCAGCCUACUUGCCUCAGCAUCAUCUGAUGGAAGCAUUCGAAUUUGGGACGCAACAACGUGGAAACUUCAAAGUACUCUCCAGGGUCACGCUAACCACGUUAAUCCAAUCGCAUUCUCACACGACUGCAAAAUUCUGGCCUCAGGGUCAAAUGACAAUAACAUCCAAAUUUGGAACUUGGUGACAAGAACACUCCACCACACAUUUGCGGGCCAUAGUGGCAUAGUCACAUCGGUCGCUUUUCCAGAAAAUAACAACUUAUUAGUAUCGGCAUCAGACGACAGGACUAUCAAGAUUUGGGAUAUCACUCAAGUCAAACCCCAAUCUGCCAUUGAAAGACAUACUAAGGAGAUCAAAUCAGUGGCUUUCUUGGGUAAUGGCACUCUAGUAGCAUCUGUAUCGGACGAUAGAACAAUCAAAGUCUGGGAUGGAGCAACUGGAUUGCUAAAAUAUACACUCGAAGGCCACAACAGCUUGAUUCAGUCGAUGAAAAUUUCAGCCGAUUGUACACUAAUAGCAUCUGCAUCACUCGACAAAACAAUCAAAGUCUGGAAUGCCGAAAAUGGAUCAUUGAAAUACACAUUGGAGGGCCACAACCGUCAUCCAGCUACAGUAGCAUUCUCAACCGAUAACAACUUCAUUGCAUCUAUACAACAGGGUGAUAAAAAAGUUAAAGUCUGGGAUGCAGCUAACGGGUCCGUAAGAUAUACAUAUACAACAACAGAAUAUUAUGGUGGCAUGAUCCAUUCAGUAACCUUCUUAGCUGAAGACAAACUGAUAGCAAUUGGAGUCAGGAAUGGAUUCUCGAAUGCAACAUUUGAAAUCCUAGAUGCAGCCAAUGGAUCAUUCAAAUACAGAUUCAGGAGCCGCCCUCGUACACUGGCAGGAUUCUCUUCCGAUAGCAAGAUGAUCGCAACUGCAUCAGUACAUGAUGGAAUCGAAAUCCGGGACGCAGCCAGCGGAUUAAUAAAAUAUACACUCAAGGACCACAACGACUUAAUAAUUUCAGUGUUCUCGGCCGAUAACACGCUUAUAGCAUCUUCAUCACGCAAUAAAACAGUUAAAGUGUGGGAUAUAAAAGAAGGGAAAGUCAAGAAAACUAUCCACAUUGGUGAAAAUCGUCAGCAUCUAUCAUUCUUCAACAACAACUUACUUAUGCUCCAUGAGCCGGGACACAUUGUGAUAAACAUCAAUACAAUCCCGGAGAACGGAGUAGCCCAAGUUGAGGUUCAAAACAGUAUGAUGAUGGAACCUGGCGCCAACGACCUGCCGGAGAUCAAAUCCGUAUCCCAACACACAGUCGUGCUACAGCCCCACGGCUGUAGUCUGAGUCUAGAGAAUGAAUGGGUCAUGUGGGAGGGACAAAAAGUGGUCUGGCUUCCUCCUGAUUGCCGUCCAAUUCUUGGCAACGCGAUGUGUUAUACCAUAUCACCCUCGGGGGAAAUGAUUGCUAUUGGUUCUUCAACAGGCAGAUUAUGUCUCAUGGGCAGUUUCAAAACAAAGAGAGCUCAGUGCUAA